GAUUAUGGAGAGCAGUGGGCCAAAGGUUUUGGAGACAGCAGAAGAAAUCCACCAGAGGCGUCAUGAAGUGUUGGAUCGAUACCACAGGUUCAAGGAACGGGUUGCUGAGCGGGGUCAGAAGCUUGACGAGUCCUAUCGCUACCAAGUUUUCAGGCAAGAUGCAGAUGACCUGGAGAAGUGGAUCCUGGAGAAGAUCAAGAUUGUAGAGGAUAAGAGCUAUAAAGAUAUACCUACCAUAGAGGAUGGCUCUUCAAGCAGACAAGGAAAAACACCAGAUCAAGGACAGGAAGGACCAUUGACCAGUCCAGAAAGGACACCAGAUCAAGGAAAGGAUGGACCUCCAAGUGGCACAGAACAUACACCAGAUGAGGGACAG